AGGAGGUGGCAGGGAGAGAGAGCAUGUGUAGAGCUUUCCCAGAGGAGUUUGGGCACACAGAGGGAGCUUACUGCUGACAGAGAGACAGCAAGAGGAAGACAGGGAAUAAUACAACGUGAACUGGCUUUACGCUCUGUGAACAUCCACUUCCUUGCACACUGAUCACUGCUGUACACAUAGGGACAGUCCAGUGGUACAGAGAUACAACCACGGUCUGGAGAGGGACGAAGAAGAAGGACAGAGAGAAGGACUGAAACAAGACUUGAGAGCAUCAUUGUGCAGUGUGAGGCAGACAUAAGAGAACAGCACAGGACAUUAAGAAGGUGGAAAAGAGACUGACAAAAGGCUGAAGAGAGAACCUGACAUCAUUAAGAUGCCAUCAUAAACACUUUAGAAGAACACCCAGUUAACAAAGAGGGGAAGGGGAGAGAAGAAGACUACUGCAAGGACAAAAACUCUUCUCUUUCAAAAACCAAAAAGCAGAAGACAGUUGGAUGACAAGACGCAAAAUAAUUCUUCAACACUCCUCCUCUGUACAUGAGAGGAAGAACUAAGAGACAGAAGAGAAACAGGCUAGAAAUAAGAGGGACAGAAAGGAGAGCAGCAGGAGGAGAGAGAAGAAGAAGCACACAGAGGUAAAGGAAGAGGAAAAGAGGGACUAGGACUAACCCUGGAGUAUCUAACCAGUGCUCUGCUCAGCCCGGCAGGGAAGAUGUCAAAGUCCUCCUCACGGCUGGGUCGACCCGGAUCAGCUGGGUCUAAGAGCCCCAGCUUGAGGAAGGAACCGCAGAGUAAUCGCUCAUGCAUGCUGCGGAUUGGAGAGAGGCUGAUGAGGGCAGGCAGCGAGGGGAACCUGGUCCAGCGACCCAUUUCAGCACAGAGCCAGGCUUCCUCAGCUGGCUUAGGGCAAGGGACGAAUGACCAGACACAAGCUCCAGCCCGGGACAAACCCACUGAGCAUACAGGAAAUAACUCCAACAAAGAUCCAGGAACCUCCCCGUCCAGAGUAUCUUCUUCUUUUUCCACUGCAGUGGACGGCAGCACUGAGUGUGUGCCACAGAAGAAACUACACACUAACAGCAGCCUGCUGUGUAACCCGGACUUCACCUCCUGUGCAACGGCUCCACGCUCUCCCAGCACCUUACCACGAAGCUACGUCACUGCCGCUCGUGCAAGCAGCAGGGACAGCCAGCUGGACAGCCUGAUGAUGCAGCACUCUGAUGUGGAGAGGAAGAAGGAGGUGUUUUUGGACCACCUGAGGCAGAAGUAUCCUCACCAUGCUGCCAUCAUCAUGGGACACCAGGAGCGCAUGAGGGAGCAGGCAAGGAGUCCUAGGCCCUCUGAAAGCCCCACCUGUGCCAGUGUGGUGGGCUUGACAGAGCAGCAGGAUCCUCUGGCUUUAGAGACAAUGUCUGAUGGAGAGGUGCUGCCCCCCACAGUCCCCUUUACAAGGGGCUGUAAAGCCAGAGCAAGUCUACCUGUGGGCCGGUCAAGUGGUCAGACAAGAGAGAUGCCGCUUGGUGUGUUGUACCUGCAGUAUGGGGAGGAGACAAAGCAGGUCAGGAUGCCCGCUGAGAUCAGUAGUCGGGAUGCUCUACGGGCUCUGUUUGUCACUGCCUUCCCUCAUCAGCUCACCAUGAAGAUGCUACAGUCUCCCAACAUGGCCAUCUACAUCAAAGACACCAGCCGCAACGUCUACUACGACCUGGAUGACAUCAGAAACAUCCCAUCCCACUCCUGUCUCAAGGUUUAUCAUAAAGACCUAGCUCAUGUGUUCAACCGCCAUGCCAGGCCUGUCAACACAGAGGGAAGGAUCUCCAAAGAGGUGUUGUACGGCAGUCACAGUCCAGUCCACACCCUGUCCUCAUCCAGCCGCAGCACCCUGCACAGCCUGCAGGGCUCCAUGUCCCCACCCAUGGUCCGCUCCAUGCCCUCGUCCCCCUCCAGGAUGGCGUACGGCGGGGGGAACACAGGUGGGAGGACGGGGUUGGUAGAUCCAGGCAGUGCCACGUUACCACGGGAACGCCUGUCAGGGACGGGGCGAUCUAGCUCCCUCUGCACCAGCAGCAGUGCUAUACUGGAGAGGAGAGACGUCAAGCCUGAUGAGGACUUUGGCAGCAGUAAGAGCAUGGCCCUGGUGGUGCGUGGUGAAGGAGGUCCAUAUUACCCAGACUCCUACUGCUCCUCCCUGCAGGAUGGAGGAGGAGGUCGCCUCAGCAUUGCCUCCUCCCAGUGUAGCGCUCCUCCCUCUCUCACUGCAGACAUGGUGGAUGCCGGGGUCACAGGGAUCCCAGGGGGGUUGCAACAGUACCGGGCCUCCAUUAAACCCUUGAUGGGCUAUGGAGACAGCAUGGAGCACCAGACCCGCUCCCUCCACAGGCAGAAGAACAGGAAGUAUGGAGACAGCCAGCUUCCACCACUAGGAAUUAAAACCCCACCCCCUUCCCCUCACAGAGUCAAUGAAGUCAGGAUGACUGAGGGACAGAUCAUCGGAGGGGUGGGCCUGGUGUCUCCAGACAGGAUGUCUCCCAUUCGCCGGUCCCUGCGGCGGGACAGUAACGGAGUCACGGUGGAGAUUGUGAACAGAAGUAGAGGGAGUGGCUCAUCGUCCUCUACCUCAUCUGUUUUUGUGGACAGCCCUCUGGGACAACCAGAGAGACUGUUUCAGGGUCACGUGCCUGCCAGCAAUGCCCAGAGUGAGAGAAUGAAAGCCAUGGAGGAACAGAUAGCCAGUCUGGCAGGUCUAGUGCACAGUGCUCUGUCUAUGGGAUCAGAUAUUCCAGGAGUCAAAGACGCCAUCAGUGAGAGCUCUCAACGUAAACUCCUCAGCAACAGACCCGGAGUAUCUUCUGAGCCUCAGAUCCCUGCUGCUGGGAUUGACAGCUUUAGCCCCGCCCCUCUGGCUCUUCAGGCCCCUCCCUCUGACGGCGGAUUGCAGCAGAGCUUGGUGUUAGCAAAGAGAAAUGUGUUUGAACUGCGACUGCAACUCAACCAACUCAGACACUUACAGCUGUCAAACCAGGAGAGUGUCAGUUCAAUGCUGCGGAUGGCAGGUCAGGAGCUGGCGGUGCUGAUGUAUGAUCGCCUGGCUCAGUCUGAGGAGGCAGUGUACAGACGGAGAGCAGAGAUGGAGGAGGAGAGGAUCCGCUACCUGGCUACAGAGGAGAGAAUACUUACACAGCUUCGUGAACUGGAGGACUAUGUGGAACAUUUGCAACAAAGCUCUGCCUCCAGUGCCGACCAGCCAUCAAUCACUCUGAGAGACGUGGAGGAGGGAGCAGUCAACCUGCGGAGGGUUGGAGAAACUCUGGCCAUCCUUAAAGGUGAGUUUCCAGAGCUACAGGUGAAGAUGCGCUCAGUGCUGAGGCUGGAGGUGGAGGCAGUGCGUUUCCUGAAGGAGGAGCCGCAUAAGAUGGACUCCAUGCUGAAGAGGGUUAAAGCCCUGACUGAAGCUCUCAGUUCUCUCCGCAGGUGUGUAUCAGAGUCAACCCCCCCAGCCAGAUCAGCUCAGGUGGAGCCUCUAAAGGUGCUGGAAACAGAUCAGGGACCCCUGAAGACCCAGAGCCCCCAGAGCUCCCCCAAACCUCAGCCUAGAUCCUCGGUCAGAUCUCCUCUUCCCAACCCGCCUCUCUCUGGGAGUCAGGCUGAGGUCAGUCCGGCGGGCUCAGCCUCCCCUGUCAUGGCCCGCAGAAUGAACGCAGCAGCAACAGUGAUCCAGCCCUCCCAUCACCACCCCAGCCCCCCACUGACACCCACCCAUGGACGAGACUCACCCACUGUGGCCAAGGUGAGUCCUCGCAGCAGAGAGGGCAGCCCUGCCCUGCAGAAGAGACCGAGCCCACAGGAGAGCCACACUGAACAGACCACCGUAAAACACACAGAGACACAUACUGAGACUACAGAAAGACAAACUCCAGAGAACAGCCAGAUGGUAGAAACUGGCAAUGUGGAUCAGUCCAACACCAGCCAAGCCAACCAGCCAGCCAGUGUUGACUCCAGUCAGCCUCCACCCCCCAGCACCAACACAAACUUUGACCAGGAACUCCAGGAGGCCCAGGCCAACCUGAUGAAGUCCAUUCCAGAUCUGAAUGUGUCAGAUACCAGAGAGGAUUCCUCUGAUUCUGCCUCAGGACAGAUGACCUCCACUGCAUCAAAGUCAGAGCAGGACACAGCUCUGGACCUGACACUGCAAGCCUCAGUGGAGCAGCAAGCCCCUCUGUCUGACUCCCAGAGAGACACACCUCCCCAGCUGAGUGAGGAGGUGGACUCCACCGAGCCACAACCCCCACACACAGCUCCAGCUGCAGCCUCACAGCUUCCUGCAGCAGCUGUGGAGCCUCCUCCUUCAGCUUCUCCAUUAGCUGCUCCCACAGCUGCUCCCUCAACUGCUCCCACAGCCGCGCCUUCAGCCUCUCCCAGCACAGAGCGCAGCAGCCGGCCACAGGUGGAGAAACCCCGGCGCACCAGUGUGGACAGAGAGAUGAAGCAGAGUCCAGACAGGGCUGGCAAGUCUCCUCCUCCACCUCCUCCACGAAGGUUCCAUGCUGUCAGCUCAGGUCUGACCACAGGAAGGUCAGGGGAGGUGAUUAUCACCACCAGGAAAGAGCCGCUUGGAGCCCAGGACGAGGGUGGGAAGGAGAAAGACAAAGGACCGCCUGUGGUUCCUCAGCCUAAGCCCCCAAGACAGCCACCAGAGGUCAAACCCAAGCCCCAGAUGUGUGCUCCUGCACCUCCCGCUUCCACCUCCACUGCUUCAACAUCCUCAGCACACAGGGAGGACGAGGAGGAAGAGGAGGAGGACAACAAAUUCAUGAAAGAGUUGCAGGUGUUUCAGAAAUGCACUGUGAGAGAUGUAGGGAGCAGAGGUAUGGUUGAACUCUCAGCCUCUGAGCUCCAGAGCAGAGAGAUUGAGUCUCAGGUGACAACAGAACUGUCGGAUAAGAAUAAUUUGCCAGGUGGAAAUAAGCAAUGGAAAGGAGAGGUGAGGACAACUCAGACAUCACAGGUGGCUAAUCUGAAGCCUUCUGAGUUAACAGCAUUUUACCACCUGUCAGCUCCUCAAACGAGAAAAACAAAUGGCUGCCCUCAUAAAUUCGUAACAGCAGUUGGACUGGAAGAACACAUUGAGGUUAAGAAAGACUAUUUAAAACCUGAUAAGAAGAAGGAAGCAAAGGAAAAUGUGAUUAUACCAGUGUCUUCCUUUAGCUGUGCAACAGUAGAGAAGUUGGAGGUACCCACACCUGUAAAUUUAAAAGAUGUUCAGACUGUCCAAAAGAAUGAGGAGGGACCAACACUAACCCAAAAGCAAGCAGAGAAGAUGGAGAUACUUCCAGUAACAACUUCGCCAAAAGAAAGUGAUCUUCCUGUGAAAAGUCCUGAUCAGAUUAACAAGGGGGUUGUUGGACAGGUGUGCUCCCCAACCGCGGCAGAAAAGAAGGUCAAGUUUACAACCAUUGUUACUCUACAAAAAGAAAACUUACAAGCUACUGACUUGACGAGUCCUGACAAGACGAAUGAAAAAGUUGUCAAAGAGGUACCAGCUGACAAGAAGUCAAAUUUGAUGGUAGUUGUAACUUUACAAAAAGAAAACACCCCAGAGGAUAGCUUGAUAGAGUCCCAGCAGGAUAGGUCACAGAGCCCUGAUCAGGAGAGUGUAACUUCUACUCCUGUCAUUAAACUCCCCCCUCUUUCACCUGGCUUGACUAACAGACACAGCAGCAAGCAGCACAACCAGGAGGCGACAGUGCAAGUAUCCAGAGAGCAAUCUCCUUCACCCAGCUUGACUAACAGCCACAGCAGCACGCAGCAGAACCUGGGGGCAUCAGUGCAAGUAUCCAGAGAGCAAUCUCCUUCACCCAGCUUGACUAACAGUCACAGCAGCAAGCAAAAGAACCAGGGGGCAACAGUGCAAGUAUCCAGGGACCAACCUGUUUCACCCAGCUUGACUAGCAGCCACAGCAGCACACAGCAGAACCAGAGGGCAACGGUGCAAGUAUCCAGGGACCAAUCGCAAUACACAGAAGAAGAAGGUAGCCUGAACCCCGAUAUUGGAGACAAUGAGGGACCUCCUCCUCCACCACCUCCGACUGGUAAAAUCAGCCUUAGAAUCGCUAGGAGCAAGAGUCCAAGAGUCAACAAACAGGAAGACCCCGGAAAAAUGAGUGCCCCUGACACAGAGACUGUAUCUGAGGACAGCACCGGUGAACACACUUAUCUGGGGCAUGAGAACGAAGGCUUUGAUGACAGUGAUGACUUUGAUAAGAAACCUAUUAUCGUUAUUUUGAAUGAACCUAUGGACAUUCAGUCGGCCUACAAGCGUCUGUCGACCAUCUUUGAAUAUGAGGAAGAUCUCGAUGGGAUUCUCUCAGCAGAAAGUAUUGUAGAUGAAGAGGACACAAUACAGGAAGACGAGAAACAAGACAUGAGAAAAUUUCGCAUCACCAAAAUAGAUACAGGCUCAGACCUUAAAGACACCACAGGAAAUGGUCACAGUUCUCUAAAUAUGCAACACCAAAGACCUUCAGCAGAUAACAGCACAAUUUCUAAAAACCAAGACCAGGGCAAACCAGACUUGCUUAAAAAGCCAGAGACCAAAAGGAAAUUCAAAUUUAAGUUCCCUAAAAACAAACUGGCUGCAAUUAGCCAGGCCAUUCGAACAGGGACAACCAAAACAGGAAAGAAAACACUUGAGGUUGUUGUCUAUGAAGAAGAGGAGGAGAUAGCAUCAGAUAGCAAGCCAGUGAUGGAGACCAAUAAGCAGCCAAAAGAAUCUAAGAGGUUUGAGAUCAACAGUACCAAGCAAUUCAACUUUGGUGAAGACAAUGCCUGUGACAGGGACUUCAAGUUCUCCCCUCCCUCUGCUACCAGAUACUCAAAGUCACAUACCCGGGUAGAGAAGCUCUGCAAGAAUGCGUUUGAAUCUAUUGACAGUCUAGAAGAGUCCAUCAAACAGUUGGAAAUCAGUGUGGACAGUAUCUCUCCCCCUUCUUCCCCCUCCAGUGUUGUCUCUUCAUCUCCUCGGUCUCCAGAUUCUUCCUUUGACUCCACUGACAGAGCUCAGCUUAAAGGCAAAGUCAAACGAGAAAGGGAGAGAAGCCCUUCCAAGAGGCCGGCCUCUCAGAUCCUCAAGGGUCCAAAUCCACCUCAGAGUAAGAGGGCCAAACCGCAGCCUGCACAGGACACAGGGAAAACCUCCACCAAGAAACAGAGCUCCAGCAGCACCUCCAGCUCCUCUGCUCAGCGAUCCCACAUGAAGGCUCGCCACUCCUCCUCCUCCUCUGGCUCACCAGAGAAGACACCCAAGGGUCAGCAGCAGGCCACCCAGAAGCAGCCCAGCCAGCCACGUCUUGUCGCCAUCCCACGCUAACGUCAGCCAGGCCCACCACGGGCCUCGCAGCAGCAACAAACGCCAGCACCGCCUCGUCCUCACCUCUACCUCCACCUCCACCUCCACCUCCAGCACCACCUCCACCUCCCAACACAGUUACUACUCUUCAUCCUCCUACUCUUCAUCCUCACCCUCCUCCUCGUCCACUUCUUCCUCCCUGUCCCCCACCUCUUCUUCCUCCUCCCCUCCCUCCCCAUCCUCCUCCCUCCUCCCCACCAUGGUGAGUCAUGGGGCGAGGAGCGUCCGAAUGUCAACCUCCAACCCCAGCUCUCCGGCCCGCGGCAAGAAACGCACCGGAAACCAAGCUGGCCGAGCCCUGCGCACGGCAGCGGCAGCCUCAAAGGAUGCGGUGUGAUGUUUUCAUCUACAAUUUAGGCUUUAUAAAUGUGUAAGUGUAGAAGGGAAUGUGUGGGGCAUACCCAAGUGAUGAAAAAAAGCUAAUUGCACUGUGUUCCUACAGCAAUAUUGUGUGAUGUUUACCUUUUGACAUUUUUAGAUGGGUUGUGGACAAAGAUUAGGCUUGUUAAACCUCUCAUUUUAAGUCCAAACCACACUAGUGCCAUAUGACAUGCAUCUAGACAGUCACCCCUAGAGCCCUACCAAUACAUUGGCGUGGUUGAGAUUACAGGCUGUCUUUAUCUUAUCACAAAUAUUUCUCUUCUGUCGUAACACAGUACAGCACAGGGAUACCAAAGAUAUACUGACGUAAAUUAAAACUGGCAUUCUCUAGUGAACCACAUCGUUUGUUCACUAGAGAACACUGUUUAUUUUAUUUUAAAAUGUCCCACUGAUAGUCGUUUUCCUUUAAACUAGCUCUGGUUCUUGAACCACUUCUGUUCAGGAUUCUUGAAACCUUGGUGCUAUCUAGCAAAUUAGCCCGCAUUUUGUAGCUAGUCAGUAAACUGAUGUAAUCACGGAUGUGUCAUCAAUGGAGGGUGUUGCACAAUGCACAAAGGAAGUAAACAGUAGUUGCAAGAUGUCAGAUCACAUUGAUGACCUAUGAGCUGUUACCACUGAUAGUAAUGAACAAAAAUUUAAAUGCAACACUUUUUUUUUUGCUCCCUUUUUUCUACAGUUUGAAGUUAAAGAGCUCAGAAUUUUUCAUACACUCAACAGAUAUAUUUCUUUUAAAUUUCAGUCACAAAUUUGUUAGAAUUCAUGUUAGUGUGCACUUCUCCUUUUCCAAGAUAAUCCAUCCACCUGACAGAUGUGGCAUAUUAAGAUGCUGACACAGGUGUCCCAGGUUUUUAGGGAGCAUGUCAUUUGCAUGCUGACUGCAGGAAUGUCCACCAGAGCUGUUGCCUGUAAACUGAAUGUUUCACUACCAUAAAGCCGUCUCCAUGAAUUUGGAACUACAGCUUACCAGCCUCACAAACACACAAGUCGGUUAAGAUGACAAACUGCUGUCAGGUUAAUACCCUGGUGAGGAUAAUGAUGCAGAUGAGCUUCCCUUAGAUGGUUUCUGAUGGUUUGUGCUGAAAUUCUUUGGUUGUGCAAACCAACUGUUAUAUCAGCUGUUCAGGUGGCUGGUCUCAGACAAUCUUACAGGUAAGGUCACUUGAUGUGGAGGUCCUGAGCUUGUGUGGUUAUGGUUGUGGUCUGCAGUUGUGAGGCCAGUUUGAUGUAGUGCCAAAUUAACGAACAUCAGACAUCUUAUGGUAGUGAAAUGAACAUUCAUUUCAUGGGCAACAGCUCUGGUGGAUAUUCCUGCAGUCGGCAUGCCAGUGGCACGUUCCCUCAAGACCUAAGAAGUGUGGGCUUGAUUUGUGUGAUCAAACUGCACAUUUUAGAGUUGCUUUUAUUGCGAUCAUCCCAAAGCACACCUGUGUAGUAAUGAUGCUGUUUAAUCAGCAUCUUGGUAUGCCACAUCUGUCAGGUGGAUGGAUUAACUUGGAAAAAGAAAAGUGCUCACAAACAUGGAUUUAAACAAAUUUGCAGCCACAAUUUAAGAGAAAUUUAAUUAUUGAGUGCAUGAAAAACAUCUUGGAUCAUUAACUUAAACCUGUAAAAAUUGGGAGAAAAAACAAAAGUGUAGCACCUAAAUUUUUGUUCAGUGUUGUCACAGAUAUCUGUUUUAUCCAAAAAACAAGCACAGACCAACUAUUAGUGAUAAGAAGACGUAAAAGACUGUUAUGUGCAAGACUCCACCCUCUCUUUCCAUCCUGUAGAAUAAGACACACCCAGUGAUUUCAAAAACGUUCGCAUUUUAGGCCAAGAAAAGCCUCCUAUCCUUUUUUGGUCCCACCUGGGAGCCAACUUUUCAGGUUCCAAACCAAUUUAAUUUUGGUUGAAAUGUUCCAAAAGGUUCAAAACAGUUAUUUAAUAACCAAAUUUAUUUAUUUAUUUUUUUUGAGGGAUGUUAUUACUUUUUUAAUCUUUAUUUAUUUACUUAUUUUGGGAAAAAUUGUGUGUUUUACUGUCAGAAUUUAAUAGUGACAGUAAUAUAAGCACAACAGGCCGUGCCUUUUAUGAAAAGCACUGUGACUGAUUUAUUGAUACCCUGUUCACAGUAACAAGGCAGCUUGGGUUCUGAACAACAGGUAAUCAGAACACCAAACCAUCUGAGAAGUAAUAUGAAGAAGAAUGUUGAAUUUGACUCCAUAGAUGUAAAAAUUGUGAAUAAAAGUAAUGUUCUUUGCUGACUGCCUUACAGUAAUAUUGCAUCAACACAUCUAAAGUCACCUUGUCACUCAGUGACACAGAGGAUGCACCGCAAAUGAACAGAGCCAAUUCUACAACAUUGUUCAGGGUAAGGCUACAUGGGUUCUGUUCAAAUAAAUUCAGUUCAAUGUUAGUUUGAAUUUAUUCAUAAUUGACUUUUUAGAUAGUGUUGCACAUGCUCACAGGUGUCUUCACUCCUGCCCACUGAUUGGACUCCUGCUCAGGUUAAAAGUAGGUGAGGCUCUGCUGAAUUAUGUCAAGUCCUUAGAUGAGUUCUAAGUCAUUACAUUAAAAACAACAGCCGUGUGGGUGACACAGAUGUGUUGUUCUUUCUCAUUCCCGUGUCGUCAAAUACAGAUUCAUGACCAGCUUUUAACCAACUCCAAUGUAAGCCCAUUGACAGCAAUAGGCCUGUUAGGCGCUCAGAGCAGCUGACGUGGUAUGAAGAGCAAGAAAGUGCAUAUAGGGAGGAGUAGUCAAUGCAGAUGGACAUGUAAACCACAGGACUUUCAACCAGAAGAUCGCUGUUUGUGCCCCGUGUGAAACCAAAAGUCAAUGUUAUUUGAACCCAAACCAUGAUCUUUUUCAAGACCUACUGCUACUGAAACCUAAACACCUACAUUUCCUGUAAACACAGAAGACUAUUGUGAAAAGACACUAUGCACUUAACAAAUAAAUUGUAAGUUUCCUGUGAAACCCAGUAUUUAUUUUGAAAAGACACUAUGCAUACAACGAGCAGGAACCUUAAGUUUUCUGUGAACACCAAAGUUUAUUUUGAAAAGACACUUUGCGCGUAAUGAGUGGAAACUUUAAACUUUCCUGCGAACAUGGACGUUUAUUUUGAAAAGACACUGUGUGUAUAAUGAGUUCGAACUUUAAGUUUCCUGUAAGCAAGGAAGUUUAUUUUGAAAAGACACUAUGUUUGUAACUAGUGGGAACUUUGAAUUUCCUGCUAACACGGAAGUUUAUUUUGAAAAGACACUAUGCAUGUAACAAGCAGAAGCAUUAAGUACCCUGCUAAUACAAAAGUUUAUUUUGAAAAGACACUAUGCAUGUAUCGAGAAGAAACUAAGUUUCCUGUGACCACAGAAAUUUAUUUUGAAGACACUAUGCAUGUAUUGAGUUGAAACUUAUGUUUCCUGUGACCACCAAAUUUUAUUUUGAAAAGACACUAUGCUUGUUAUAAGCGAAAACUGUAGGUUUCCUAUAAAAACUGACUGACAAAUCAUAAAGUGCUGCUAGGGGGUAACCUAGAGCGUCAUAGUGUGAAGCAGAGAGCCACUGACCAAGCUGCCAUAUUUGACGAGUUAGGAGUGAGACGUCGGGCCUUUUUUAAAAGUGACAGUCCAAACUUUUACCAAAUGUGUACGUGUUUAUGUUUCGAAAAAGUAAUAUCAGAUUAUAUGUCAUCAAAGAGUUUAGGCUUUCAUAUUAAUAUCAGUCAGCCUCACAAAAUCCAGUAUUGGUUGGGCUCUAGUCAACCUUGGUUUUAGUUUUGUACAGCCACACAACAGCAGCAGAUAUCCAGGCUACUGGACCCUGACCUGUUCUUCUGUCAGGUUACAGCACAUGUUUUUCUAUCGUAGUUGUCAAAAUUGAUAAGCAGAAACAUCAUUGUGGAAAAGUAUACAGAACUCUACAACCUUAAGUCCCAGCUUAUAAAGAUGCUAUUCAUCUUAAGAAAUUGUCUGAUGAGCUACAGCUGAGAUGGUUAGUUCAGGAAAUAAAUCUUGUCAAAUGACACUAUUAUUUUUUAUUUAUUGAUGAGACUACAACCCUCUCCCCACAGUGGGUUUGAGGCUCUGGCUUUUCUCAGUUUCUCAGAGCUUUCACCUGGUAGACCCAGCGAUGCAACAGAGAGCACCUUUAGCUGUGUGCUUUGAUAUUUUGGAGUGGAUGUAGCUGGACUUGGACUUCUUGCAGACAAUCAGUGUGUGAUGGAAUUUCUUCACUGUUGCUUCACUGUAAUGUCACAGUUUCAGUUGGUAGAAUCAUAUGAAUUUAAUCUGAAUUACUGAGUCUAUCUUUAUUAUGUUUUAUCUACCAAUGAUCUGAAUAUUAAAUAAACAGGUGAAAAGAGUUUAUUUUUCUUCAGACUAGCUUAGAUUGACACACAUUCCGUCAGUCCUCUAAGAUGCAGUAGAACAGCUGAUGUUGGAUUAUUGGUGUGUGACAUACAAUAUGUGUGGUUUCAUUACUAAAAUGUUAAAUAGAGUUCUAUUAAAAAAUAGAGGUUGUGAUUAUCAAUAUGCAGAGUUUACCCAAAGAGUCCUAUACAGACUAAACUGUGUAAAGAAUACAUUCUGUAAAGGUCAAAUGUGUUCGUGUAGAGUUUUUAUGUAGAUUAAGUAUAAAAUAGAAAUAAUAUUCAGACAUAUUAGACAUACGUAGUUUCUUUGAAUAUAGCUAUUGUUUAUUGUGCUUCUGCAGAACCAUUUCCAUUUGUAGUGAGUUGUUUGAAGUGACUUUUGCCAGACAGAAAGAAAUUUGCGUUUUUUGUCGAGUUUAUUUACACUGCUGAGUGAGUUCAUUGUAACAUACCCCUUCAGACUGUCUGUGAGGCUAAAUCCAUCAAGAAUAAAGGAAAACUCCACGGUUCUGGGAAAUCUGAACCGAACAAAUCUGUUUGUCAGAGUCAGAUGAGAAGAUGAUAUCUGAUAUCAGCACAUGUAUGUUCAGGACAUCUUUAGCAAGCUUUGAGUCUACUAGAAUUGGAUGUUCUGUUAUUGAGGUCCAUCAAAAGUAAAAGAAUAUUAUCCAUCCUAACAUCCCCAAACUGUAACCUGCAGACAAACACUCUGAGCUAAAGUCAGCAUCAUGUGGACAUGUUGACAUUAAUAAGCACAGUGUCAAGAAUAAUCAGGGCAAAGGGCAAAAUUGCUGCCAAAAUUCAGUAUUUGCCUCAAAAAACACAAUCAAGAAGACAAGAAAAUUGUAUUGUUGUGUAUGUAGGCCUACAUGCCUCCAAACAUCGAGGGCAAUUGCUUCCUGAAAAAAUAUUUUAUUUUCUACCCUGGAUAAGGACUAUAAGUAUUUGUUGUGGAGUAGAGGGCCUCAAGGGUCUAAAAUGAUGGACCUGAACCCGAAUAAACCCAGGAAAUAAGUUCUGAGAUCCAAUUGGACCCAAGAAUUUAAAAAAUAUAUAGGCCUAUAAUCCAACCUGUUUGUGCCCAAGAUAUAAAUGACCCGAACAGGUACAUGUCCAAGGCAAGAGAGACCCCAGACCUGCAUGAGUCCCAGGUCAGGUCGCGGGUCUAUUUAUGGACACAUAAAACCCAGUAAUUAAAUCUCCCACUGAAAAUGCCGUUCUACCACUAAACACAUUUUGUCAUGUCAGAUACAACAUAUUGCUUUUACCCAUCUUACUGUAUAUAAUGUAUAAUAAUGUUUCAGAUGUCGAAUUUUAUUUUAUUUUGCUCUAUUGUCAUUUAUUUUGUUGUCGUUUCUGUUGUUGUUGUUGUGUUGGGAGCUGGACCUGCCAGCUGGCGGCCAGUUUACCGUAGUUCUAAGAUCGCGCACACAAAAGUAAAUACAUUUUUGUCAGUAUGGACCUGCUACUAGGGUUGCAACGGUCUGAGAUUUUCAUGGUACGAUAACCAUCUCAGAAAAUGUAACAGUUUCAUGUUAUUACAAAAUUUAUAUUACUAUCAGUCAGAAUGACCCUUAAAGGAAUGAAAACAGAAGGGUUAUUGUUGGUUGUUACUGUAAUUGAAACUUGACACCAUUUUGAUAAUGGAAAUAUAUGUAAAAAGUCUCCCUUUUGAAAAUAAUUAAAAUAAAGGGGAGAUUGAUGUCCCUCGGGUCCCUCUUUUUUUCAGUAUCAUAGAUAAGCAAAUGUACACUCUGUGAUAACUGCCACCUUUUAUAUCAUGGUAUACCUUGAAACUGGUAUAUCGCUGCAACCCUACCUGCACAUGGUUAGAUCAGGUAGAUUCUCCACAAUUCAAUUGUUCAGAAACCAGAAUGGUGCCCCAGCGCAACCCACUUGACCAUAAUUAAGCAUGGACCUGAAUCCAUACAGGUUCCGGGUUGGGUCUCAGGUUCUAAGGUCCGCGUAGACCCAAUACCUCUAUUGUGAAGGACUAAUUUUAGUCAUUUAUUAAAGAAAUUGUGAUUUUACCGAAUGCAAAGCAAGAAGUGUUUUAUUCACAUGAUGUGGAGAAAGCAUUCACUGUGAAGAUAAUCCAGGCAGAAAUUUCUCACCACCAGUUAAAAUUUAUAUAGUGAUAACAGAACUGGACAGACACACCAACACCAACACAGUGAGAUUACAAUGGUGAGUUGAGGCAAGACGAGAUUAUUAUUAUGUUUUAAGUAUAAAUGUGGUGGGAAAUAGGUUGGACACUAACUGCUCCUCAAACGAAUGACUUCCACUGUCUUUCGCCAGUGUCUUCUGUUUAUUUGUCAAAGGAUGAAAAACGGCACUAAGUGCAGGAGUGUGGAAAGUGUCAGGCUAGAGUAAACACAUCCUGGAUCUAUCUGUGUACACUAUGCAUAGAGAUAAACAUUGAGAUGUCUGAUUCAUCUUCUCAUCUGACUUUGGUUAAGACUAAAAUUAUACUUCCAUAAAUGUCAGCCUGUUCUCUCCUAAGGUUCUUUUCUCUGCAAGGCAGCAACAUGACUCUAACACUGUGUUUGGUUUGACAAUGUGAUUUAAUACACACUGUAUGGACCUUUUACUGUGGUCUGUGUUUAAAAAACCUUUUGAAUGUUUCUUAUUCAAACCUAAAGGCACAGUUUAAUAUAAACCUCCUCUAGUAUGCAAAGAGUUUAUUUCUUUUGUUGUUGUUUUGUUAUCCUACCAGAAUCGGACCCUGUGCAUGUCUUUAACUCUUUCUCUGUCAGUUUGAAUCUUGUCGAGUUUACACGACUGUAAAUACCUGUGUUUUCUGAUUUUGUAAGCUGUUGGCUGUCACACACUUGAGCUUCCUGUCAGGUUGGAGAACUAAUAAAGGGCUUCCAGAGUGUU